AUGGAACAUAUGUGCCAGCUGGUGGAACUUAUAUACCACCAAACCCUCCAAGAGAAGCACCUGCACCAGGACUACCUAGAACAUUUACAUCGUCACAUGGACACAGACACAGGCAUGCACCAAAACCAACACAACAACCAACAGUUCAAAACCCUGCACAACAACAACAACAACAACCAACACAACAACCAACAGUUCAAAAUCCAGCACAACCAACAGUUCAAAACCCUGCACAACAACAACCACAAACAGAGCAAGGACAUAAAAGAAGUAGAGAACAAGGAAACCAAGAAUUCUUAA